AUGGAAUCAGAACAUCAGCCAAAAUUGAGUCCUGUGAGGGCUUUCCAAGUGCUCCAUGGGUGCAACCCUGAAGUUGAGGAGACGUACACCAGUCUUUCCGAGUACCAUGACUACGAGCCAAGCUUGGAGUUCGAUGAUUCAGAGCUUAUCCAGACAUCAGGCUUAGCGCCUCUACCUCCGGAGUUGUUGGACAUACCAGACGUUCUUAUGGAACGUUCUGCAAGCGACGGCACGAUUGAAGAGAACUUUGAAGAAGAACUCGCGAGGGCACCAGAAGUUUAUACAGAGAUCUCUUCGCUCGACCUCGAAGACUCGUUCGCGGAACUCAACAGGACCGGACUUGUCGAGGUGGUCGGGGACGAUGAGGUCGGACGCCGCAUCAUAGUCGUGUCAGCAUGCAGACUACCGCCCAACAAGGAGCUACUACAUGAUAAGUUACUAAGAUACCUCAUGUUCACCCUGGACAAAUACGUGGAACAAGACUAUAGUGUGGUAUACUUCCAUUGUGGACUGACAAGCAAAAACAAACCGCCACUAUCCUGGCUUUGGAGAGCGUACAAAGCUUUUGACAGGAAAUACAAGAAAAAUCUAAAAGCUCUGUACUUGGUGCACCCUACGAAUUUUAUACGCAUAGUAUGGCAGAUGCUGAAGCCUGCCAUCAGCGUUAAGUUUGGCAGGAAGAUGAUGUACGUCAACUAUUUGCAUGAGCUGCAGCAGUACUUGAACCUGGACAAACUCUGCAUACCCGACGCCGUCCUUGAGUAUGACAAGCUGCUGCUGUCGAAGAACCCGAGGGCUGCCGAAUCGGCUCGUCAGAACACAGUACCGGUGGAGACGUCGCCCAUUGCGAAGUUCAAUAAGAAACCCACGAGCAGCCUCUCCCCGCCUCCGACGCAACAGUUUGGUGUGUCGCUGUCAUUCAUAAAGGAGAACAAUGCUAACAUGGUUGGAGCUAUCCCGCCAGUGGUGCGGCAGUGCGUCGAGUUCUUGUCGCAGCCUGACGCUCUUGAGACGGAAGGAAUUUUCCGUCGUUCAGCGAACAUGUCAGUAAUCAAGGAGCUACAGAGUGCCUGCAACAGGGGCGAGCCUCUCCGCUUCCGCAAUGAUCCUCACAACGCGGCCGUUCUGCUGAAGACAUUCUUCCGGGAUCUUGAGGAACCCCUCCUGACUUUCGAUUUAUAUGAUGAGAUAAUGGACUUCCAAAACUGGUCGCCGCGUGACAAGCCGCGCAAGGUGAAGAUCUUGAUUCUGGAGCGCCUGCCCUUGGAUAACUACAUGUUGUUAAAAUACGUGUUCCAGUUCUUAUGGAAGGUGCAAGACAGGAGCUGCCUGAACAAGAUGACGACGAGCAACCUCGCCGUGGUGUUCGGCCCAAACCUCGCCUGGCCACCAAACGGACAGAUGUCACUCUUGUCCAUCGCGCCCAUCAAUAACUUCACCGACUUCCUCUUGUCACACCAGGAGUCAAUCUUCAUAAUCUAA